AUGACGGAGGUAGCGAAAAAUGUCUCUGGUUCCGUCAUUUUAAAAUCGGUGAAAGAACUCGAUAUAGACAGUAGAAAAAAUGGUGAUAUGAAAACAGGAUCACUGGGUAUGAAUACUCCCCCUCCAGAGAGAAAGAGCAAAUUCUCAGCAUUAGGUAGAUUAUUUAAACCUUGGAAAUGGAAGCGAAAAAAAAAGAGUGAGAAAAUAGAAAAAACAGCUGUAGAUUUAGAACGUAAAAUAUCUAUGAGAACAAGUCGUGAUGAAUUGAUUAGAAAAGGUGUUUUAAAAGAUGUUGAAGAAAUACCACAAACUAAUCAUUUGCCAAAGAUAGGCCUAUAUAUGAUGCCUACUUGA